AUGGCUCACUCCCCGGUGCAGUCGGGCCUGCCCGGCAUGCAGAACCUAAAAGCUGAUCCAGAAGAGCUUUUUACCAAACUGGAGAAAAUCGGAAAGGGCUCUUUCGGCGAGGUGUUCAAAGGCAUUGACAAUCGGACUCAGAAAGUGGUCGCCAUAAAAAUCAUUGACCUGGAGGAGGCAGAGGAUGAGAUUGAGGACAUUCAGCAGGAGAUCACAGUGCUGAGCCAGUGCGACAGCCCCUACGUUACCAAAUAUUAUGGGUCCUACCUGAAGGACACUAAAUUGUGGAUAAUAAUGGAAUAUCUUGGUGGGGGCUCUGCACUGGACCUCUUAGAACCUGGCCCUUUAGAUGAAACCCAGAUUGCUACUAUAUUAAGAGAAAUACUGAAAGGACUUGAUUAUUUGCAUUCAGAGAAGAAAAUUCACAGAGAUAUCAAAGCUGCCAACGUCCUGCUGUCUGAACACGGGGAGGUGAAGCUGGCGGACUUCGGAGUGGCGGGCCAGCUGACAGACACCCAGAUAAAGAGAAACACCUUCGUGGGCACCCCUUUCUGGAUGGCGCCCGAGGUCAUCAAGCAGUCGGCCUACGACUCAAAGGCGGACAUCUGGUCCCUGGGCAUCACGGCCAUCGAGCUUGCCAAGGGGGAGCCGCCGCAUUCCGAGCUGCAUCCCAUGAAGGUCCUAUUCCUUAUCCCAAAGAACAACCCCCCGACGCUGGAAGGGAACUAUAGCAAACCCCUCAAGGAGUUCGUGGAGGCCUGUUUGAACAAGGAGCCGAGCUUUAGACCCACCGCUAAGGAGUUACUGAAGCACAAGUUCAUAAUCCGCAACGCAAAGAAAACAUCCUACUUGACCGAGCUCAUCGACAGGUACAAGAGGUGGAAGGCUGAGCAGAGCCACGAAGACUCCAGCUCGGAAGACUCAGACACGGAGACGGACACGGACGGCCAGGCUUCCGGAGGCAGUGACUCGGGGGACUGGAUCUUCACGAUCCGGGAGAAGGAUCCAAAGAGUCUGGAGAAUGGAGCGCUCCAGCCGUCGGACCUGGAAAGAAACAAGAUGAAAGACAUCCCAAAGAGGCCUUUCUCUCAGUGUUUAUCUACGAUUAUUUCUCCGCUCUUUGCAGAGCUGAAGGAGAAGAGCCAGGCGUGCGGAGGCAACCUGGGGUCCAUCGAGGAGCUGCGUGGGGCCAUCUACCUGGCGGAGGAGGCCUGCCCUGGCAUCUCGGACACCAUGGUGGCCCAGCUGGUGCAGAGGCUGCAGAGAUAUUCUCUAAGUGGUGGAGGAACUUCAUCCCAUUGA